AUGCGGAUGUUCGUGGAGCUUAAAACCCUAACCAAAACCCUUGAAGUUUUUCAAUCCAAUCCCAAAAUGUCUAAAAUUUCCUCCACAUUUCUUCCAUAUUUCAUCCAAAAACGUUUCCUCAGUACGGUUUCUAGUUCUACAUUGCCUUUACCAUCUGUCUCUACUAUCGAAUUCCUCAAAAAUUCUUGUGGGCUUGCCUAUCGCCAAUUUGGUCUCGAGGCGACCUCGAUCCUUCAAUCGAGAGUAUCCAACAAUCUGAAGCCUAAAUUUGAGUUCCUCGAGGAAAUCGGGAUCGUCGGUCCUUUACUUCCUAAGGUAAUUCUAUUGAACCCUACGAUUUUGUUGAGGAGCUUAGAUUCUCAGUUGAAACCAUCAUUUUGUUUCACAAAGGGAAUGCUUGAAUCGGAUGAACAAGUAACUGUUGCUAUUCGUCGUUCUUCGUGGCUUUUAACUUCUGAUUUCAAGGGUAUUAUGCAAUCUAACAUUAAUGUUCUAGUCAAUGAAGGAGUACCUUCUAGGAAUAUAGCGAAAUUGAUUGCACUGCAGCCUAGAGCUAUUAUGCAAAAGGUUGAUAGAGGGAUUUAUGUUGUGAAAACGGAAGAAUUGGGCACUGAACCAAAGGCUCGCAUGUUUAUUUAUGCAGUUAGAGUAAUGGUUUCAAUGAAUGAAUCAACUUGGAUGAAGAAAAUAAAUGUUUUGAAGAGUUUGGGAUGGUCUGAGAAGGAGAUUUUUACAGCAUUCAAGAGAGACCCACUUUGUUUAGCUUGUUCAGAUGAGAAAAUGAGGGAUGUUGCAGAUUUCUGUUUCAACACUGCAAUGUUGGAUCCAGGAACUGUAAUUUCUUACCCUAAGUUCUUCAUGUGUGGACUCAACAAGCGGAGAACAAUAUACCAGAUUGAAGGUGAAAAAUGA